AUGGACUUCAAUGCUUUCUCAAGUGGAUCAGGGAGGUCCAGUAUGCGAAGAAAAUCAUUGUUACAGGCAUUCGGUAAAUCAUCUUCAUCAUCAUCUUCGUCAUCUAGACAAUCGGCUAUACCCCUCCAAGGAUCAGCAUCAGGAUCAGGAUCAGGACAAUAUCCGAACUCAGUACCCAAUUCAGCCAAUUCAACUCCAAUAACAACAACGUCUGGCACGUUCAACAACAACAAUGAAGAAGGAUUAUAUUCACCUCCAUAUCCAUAUUCGACCGUGAAUGAAUAUGACAAUGCUUCGAUGAGGUCAAGACAUACUUCGAAUACCGCUCUCCCGACUGCUUCUGCUCAUGGCCUUGGCCAUGCUCAUGGUCACGGACAUAACAAUCAUGGAUAUGGGCCAUCGGCUUUCGGUCCAUUUGCGGGAUACGCUGGUCAAGGACAAGGUCAAGGUCAAGGACAAGGUGAGAAAACAAGAAGUACAAGUGGGAAUUAUAGUCUUAGUCUCAAGGAUAAAGGUAAAGACAAGGACAGAGAUAAAGAUAAAGACAAAGAAAGGGAUUCAAGUGGUGUAAGUGGUGGUGGUGGAGGAGGAGGAGGUGAAAGAAGUUUGAAAAGACCUGAAGACGUUUUUAAAUUGGUCAGAGAGAGGAUAAUGAGUUGGAGUUAUUUAUUGGAAUGGUAUCAAGGCGAUACACAUUGGCUGAAUACAGUAAGGAUACCUCGGUCAACUAUCGACUCUACAAUAGGACCUAAACAACUCGAAAAUCGAGCUAGAAACUUUUACGUCUUGGGAAUAUCUCUCAGUGCUUUAUUUGAUAUUCCGGCUUCCGGAGAAUUCUUAAGGGCUCUGCUCAAAUUGUUGGAUGAAUGGGAAGGAUUCGCAGAUGGUAGUGGAGGAAAAGGAGUUAAAAACCUCUUUCGUGGUCAAAGAAGUAGUAGAAAAGUAACGGCUGGCGGCACUGUCAUGUCUGAUUUUGCAGCUGCGAUGGAUGGGACGGAAUCAUAUCUGCUCAAUAUCAAUAUGCCAUUCAUACCUGAUUUCUAUCAAACACACUCGACGCUCUGUUCGAUUAUCCGAGAUAUAUACAAAAAAUUAUUAUCAAUGUUUCUCCCUCUACCUCCGUCGUCUUCAUCAUCCAAUCAUUUCUCAAAUCAAUCAAGCGGCAGUGGCGGUACCGGUAAUGGAGGGCUAGUACAUCCUUCAACAAUAAUACACUCCGCACCAUUGGAAACUCCGUUCGGCAAUACUGGUGGGCAAUAUGGUCCAGGACAAGGACAAGGACAAGGACAAGGACAAGGACAAGGACAAGGACAAGGACAAGGACAAGGACAAGGACAAGGACAAGGACCGAAAUCACCUGCGGCAAGUACGAUUCAUCAAUAUCAAAUGACCAGUCCAAUCUCAGAAGGUCACGGUAAUAGUUAUUUCGGCGGUACGGCUCCUUCCACCAAUGUGAAUACUGCAAAUAUCAGCCAAUAUAAUGCAAAUGGUGGCUUGGCAGGAGGAGCAGGAGAUGGAGGAGAUGCACUGCAAUCUUUCAUCAUUGGAGAAUUACCGAAUGAUAGGACUUUAGUGGGUGAUGGCCAAAAGUUGACUCCUCAAAUAGUCGAGUUACUGGGUAAAGUAGAUACCAAAUUGAAGAAACAAUUCUCGAUAUUACUUCGAGAAGGUGAUUUAUUAGCUAAAAAAGUAUUAGAUGAAGAAUUAAUCAAUUUGUUGAAUUCAUUAAACCCGAAUUCCAAACCAAUGAAAUUCGACUUGAACGCUGCUUUGAUCGGAUCAGGAGUAGGUUGGACUAGUGGUGAUUCCUCAUCAUCAUCGAUUAAAGGGAGUGGCACUGGAACUGUGUCGAGAGUGGGAGUGGGAGUGGGAGUGGGUGGAUUGCAAGCUUUUAUAGCUCAAGAUAGGAAACAAAGGGAUUUCGGCACUAUAUGA